GAAAUACUCUGUGAAAUGGAAGCAGAGGAACUCGGGUACCAGAAAGAGCUACGUCCCCUUGCAUGGUGUGCACAGCACAGCAGACAGACUGCAAUGAAGUCAUCCUCAUCGCUCUGCAGUUUCAAGUCACUCUCUGGAAAAUGCACAGACGCUUUACUGGCAGACCUGGAAUCCACCACCUCACAUAUUUCCAAACGGCCAGUGUUUCUAACAGAAGAAACGCCUUACUCCUAUCCAACUGGAAACCACACGUACCAAGAGAUUGCGGUGCCACCUCCUGUGCCCCCGCCACCUUCCAAUGAAGCCCUGAACGGCACUGUGAUUGACCCCAUAGAUCAGUGGCAACCCAACGUAUCCAGAUACGUCCACCAGCAACCCCAGUCCCAGUCUCCCAUAUACAGCUCUAGUGCCAAAAGCUCCAGUGCCUCUGCUCCCAGAGACGGGCUCAGCUCUCCUUCUCCCCGUGCCAGUGAAGAGGAACACGUCUACAGUUUCCCGAACAAGCAGAAGUCUGCAGAACCAUCUCCCACAAUGACCAGCUCCUCUCUGGGCAGCAACCUCUCGGAACUGGACAGACUUCUUCUGGAGCUCAAUGCUGUUCAACAUAAUCCCGCCAGCGGCUUCCCAGCAGAUGAAGCCAGCAGAAGCCCCUCACUGCCUGGCGUGACUGGACCUCACUAUGUUGUCCCAGAGAGCAGCAGCUCUGUGGGAGGGAAGGCUGCACCCCCCACAAAAGAAAAGCCAAAGCGAAAUGGUGCACGUGGGAUCGAAGAUGUGCGUCCCAGCGUGGAGAGCCUGCUGGAUGAGCUGGAGAGCUCUGUGCCGAGUCCAGUCCCUGCAAUCACUGUGAGCCAAGGGGAGGUGAGCAGCCCCCAGCGGGUCACCGCCAGUCAGCAGCAGACCCGUAUAUCUGCUUCUUCAGCUACACGAGAACUGGAUGAGCUGAUGGCAUCUCUCUCCGACUUCAAGACUAGUUCCACUAUGUCUCUGAUUUCUGAACCCUCUCUAGAACCGGUUCCCAGUUCAGCAAAUGCAGACUCCAGCAACACUCCUCCCAGUUUAACAGUGCUGUCCCAUCCCAGACACCCUCCCGCAAGUCACAGUGAGGACACGGCAGUGCCAACGGCUGCCCCACGUAUGUCCUGUUUGCCACAAACCGUCCCUGUGCCCCCACCACGGGUCUCCUCUGGUUCUUUCACUCGUGGGCAGCAGAUGACCUCUGCCAGCUCGGUUCGGCUCAGCAGAAAGCCUGACCCUUCUAGAAACGUUUUCCAGGCUGUGCCAGCUUCCCGUGUGGAGCUCCUGUGUAGAUCUGCUAAUGUGGAGGCACAAAGCCUAGAGAACCAUUUGGCAAAAGAGACUGAGAAGAAGCAGCAGAGAACAGACCCCAAAAUCUCAAGUGUGCCAAUUUCAAGCACUUUAAAUGGUCAAGGGAAGGGGCAGAUACCUAAAGAGCUGGAUCAGCAGGGAGCGUUCAGGGACAGUUCAGCCCGUUCUUCCCAGAGCAGAGAUGUGGAAGCAGCUUUAGAGGAGCUGUGGGCCCUGGACCUGUCUGCACGUGUGCCAGAUGUGCACCCAGAGAAUGACAGUGUUCUGAAUCCUGUGUGUGAGCCUUCUGUUGUGGCCCUGGAUCGGUGCGAUGUCUUCCCAGACACUAAAAACCAGUUGGGUUUUGUAGUGGAGCAAGGACAGGAGCUGAAGGCCAAAGCGGCGCAUGAAGCCAAGGUAGAUGGGUGUUCUGAUCUGGGCAAGGAGCGGCAGGGCAGAGACAGAACUCCUAGGAAGGCAGGUACAGUGAACAGGAACAAAGCCAGAGGAGACCAGGAAAAGGAGCAGUUCAGAAGCUCUGCAGUUGCUCCAGAAUCUCCUGAAAACAUUGGGAAAGCCGAAUGGGAUCCGCCGUGCGUCUCCAAACCACCCAUUGAGAGGAUUUCUGCGUCAGGCCAGAUUAAGUCUUUAAUCAAGAGGACAAAAGAGACUGCAAACGUGCAUCCAAUGUAUCGUGACCUCUCUCCAAGGCGUAAACUAGGUCCUGCCAUAUUUCACAAGACUGACUCCCAAGAUCGCUUGAUUGGAGAGCUGCAGGACAGACUGGGCAUCGCUCAGCAGGAGCAGGAGGAGUGGCAGAGCCAGGACGACUGGCUGACAGAGGGGGUCGUCAUCACUGCCAGGCCCCAGGGGGAAGAGCAGAAUGGUGGACAGCAAGUAGAGAAGGUGGUUUUUCCUCCAGAAUCCCCGAUACCCCCGAGGAGGACGGUCUCUGUUCCCGCCUCUCCCCUGCUCCAGCCUUCCAAAGAAGCUCCAAAGCCAGUCUCUGCUAACGCUGCUCCCGCUCGUGUCUCUGGCUCUGCACCUCUCCUCCCGCUCCCACCUCAGCCUUCCCAUGUGCUAUCUACCUCAGCUUCUAGUCUGGUCUCCUCCUCUUCCUUCAGCUUGGCUCCCCAGCCUCUGUUCCAGUGGGAAACUUCUGAUGAUGAUUAUCAUGAGCUUUCUGUGGUGGGCAGCCCUCCUUCUGAAGAUCCUAGGCACUCCUGUUCUCCCCAGACCUGGACCCCUGGCACCAAGACAGUUGUUUCUGUUGGCUGUCAGACCGAGGAUGGCACUUUGUUCCCACAGGUGACCUCUGCUCCUCCCCUUGUCCGCAGUGCCAAUGUGCUGGCUGCUCCUGCGCCCCCGGGCUCCCCCGAGAAGUUCAUGGCACAGGGGAAAGCUGGGAGCGGCUCCCCUCCAUCCACAGCCUCCAAACCUGGCAGUCAGCUGGACACCAUGCUGGGAAGUCUCCAGUCUGACCUGAACAAACUGGGUGUAGCUACAGUUGCCAAAGGUGUCUGUGGAGCCUGCAAGAAGCCGAUUGCUGGGCAGGUAGUUACAGCCAUGGGGAAAACCUGGCACCCUGAGCACUUCGUCUGCACCCACUGCCAGGAGGAGAUCGGAUCACGGAACUUCUUCGAGCGGGAUGGCCAGCCCUACUGCGAGAAGGACUAUCACAACCUCUUCUCCCCUCGCUGCUACUACUGUAACGGGCCGAUCCUUGAUAAAGUGGUGACGGCUUUGGACAGGACAUGGCACCCUGAACACUUUUUCUGUGCCCAGUGUGGAGCUUUCUUCGGACCCGAAGGAUUUCACGAGAAGGACGGCAAAGCCUACUGCCGCAAGGACUACUUUGACAUGUUUGCUCCCAAGUGUGGAGGCUGUGCCCGGGCUAUCCUGGAAAACUACAUUUCUGCCUUGAACACCCUGUGGCACCCUGAGUGCUUUGUCUGUCGGGAAUGUUUCACGCCAUUCAUCAACGGCAGCUUCUUUGAGCAUGACGGGCAGCCCUACUGCGAGGUGCAUUACCACGAGCGCCGCGGCUCGCUCUGCUCUGGGUGCCAGAAGCCGAUCACGGGACGCUGCAUCACUGCUAUGGGCAAGAAAUUUCACCCUGAACACUUUGUCUGUGCCUUCUGCCUCAAGCAGCUCAACAAAGGAACCUUCAAAGAACAGAACGACAAGCCUUACUGCCAGAACUGCUUUCUCAAGCUCUUCUGUUAGAGGCAUCAUAGAUGGGCGCUAAGCAUCUUUCUGCCACCCCCUUGGCAGUUCUGUCUCUCUGAACGUUACUGCGAUUUAGGAACCUUACCAGGCAGGGGAGGAGGAUGGGCGGGAGCGGGGUGGGAGCGCUUUCUGCUGCUGCGGAGAGGCAGUAGAUCCAGAGAUGACACGGACCAUUAAACUGGAAAUGCCCUUGCUGUGUCUCAGUAGAGAGAGACCGAGUCCCCUCGUUGCAGUGCGUGUGUGUCUGUGUGUGUGACCGACAGCUGAGUCUAGCUGGAGGGCUGCAGCAGGGAGGUUUUACCCAGCCCCUCCUGGCAGAACAACUCUUUGCCAGCAGGUUUUUCAGCUCUCAGAGCACAUCGUGACACUUGCAGACAACACAGCCCUCUGCUCUGACACCUCUUUCUCAGGCUUUUGCCUGCGUGCCUGCCCUCUGAGCAGCAGCACAGUGAGGGCACCCAGUGACCUCGGUGCCGCCCUGGCUCGGGUCACCAGAGCCACAGGGCGUGUGUGACUUAGGUCAGAGCGUCAGCACAGGCAGCCGGGACCCUGCAAGGGUCUCUCCAGUUCCAUUACACUGUAAGGAGAUGAUACCACUUAAUUUUUUUUCUUUUAAAGAGGAAUCAAGAUGUUACUGUGUGGGGGGUGUUUAUUUUUUUUCCCUAGUUUGUCACUCGCUGCGUUUCCUCACCACCCUGGAGCAGGAGGUGCAGCGAGCCCCGGCCAUCCCUCGGCACUGACGGGCGCUCCUGGGGGACGUUCUGUGCCAGGCGCCCCUGUCAGCACCCGGCAUCUGCUCCCGGCAGAGAGCAGGAGGGUCCAGCCCUUCUCUGAAAGCAGGUGCGGAGAGGUUUGAGCACAGCCUCGUUCAUCCACCCCUGUCCUGAGCGAGUGUGACCUGUGUGCUCAUCUGGCCUGGAAGUGUCACAAGCGCAGGGAGAAGCGGAGGGGUUUAAGAAGCCAGGAAAAAAAAAUAGAUCCAAACUCUGCAUCCUUUCUUCUUCCUCUCUUUGUUAAUGACACCUGUCAGCCCCUGGGUAUUUCCUUUUUCUGUGCUCUUGUUAAACACGUUCUACUGAGAGAUGCUAGAGCAAUAACCUUUUAUAUCGACUGUUACUGGUAUAACAAGUCCCUUGGGUCAGGUUUUACUAUCAAAGUGAAUACUGUAUCCUGUCUUUGAUAAGAACUGUAGAUUUCUACACUGAUUUUGCAUUAAUAUCUAAUUUACUUUUAAUCCUCUUACACAGAAAUUGGUUUUGAAGUGAUUUUAAGAAAGCAACUUUUAUAUCAAGCCGUGCUGUUCCCGGCAGUAUGCCAGUUGCACUGGUUUACUGCAUCUGUAACCUCAACGCUUUAUUAAGCCUAACUAGCAUUCAGUAUUUUCUUUUUAUUGCGGGUUGGGAUGGGCUGGAAUCUGUGGGGGAGGGAAUGUGACUUUUUUUUUCCUUAGCACAGGCAGGUGAACUGUGAAUAGCGUUUUUUUUGUUGUUUUUUUUUUUUCCCCUCCUCUGGGUCACCCAAAGGUGUGUUGUUUGGUUUUUAUUGUAACCUGUAAACUGCUGUAUUUGAGUCACCUGCCAUUCCCCCAAAGUGCAGCUUCCAGGAUGUUAUAGAGAGUCUUGAUACGGUGCUGUGGGGGGGAAGAGCCCUCGGUUUCUCCUCUUCAGCACCUGAAACCAGAGCAGGGCUCGCUGGGGAAGGAGAUGCUUUGCUCCUGUGGAAGAAAGGUCUUGUGACUAAGGAGAGGAAAUUGGGAGAGGCAGACUCUGCUCCUGACUAGCUGUGUAACUUUGGGCAGUCACUAAAACCUUACCGUGCCUCAGUUUCCCCAUCUGUAAAAUGGGGGCAGUUUAGCCUGGAUUUGUGAGGUUAUUGUGAGGCUUAGUUAACGUUCACUAAAGCAUUUUUAGGUCUCUGGCUGGAGUGUGCUGUGGAAGGUGAAGUACGGCGUUCUGCGGUCACAGCCGAGGCAGCGCGGGUGUUGGGAAUCGCUUCUCCAGAGCGCUGCAGCAAUAUCAACGUCUGGGUCUGCUUUUCAGCUCAGCAGGUGCUUUAGGCGGGGACUGCGGGUUACUGUCCCGCCUGCCCGUGCCGCGGUGCUUCGCUGCCCUGCUCGGCUCACCAAAACCCUGUCACCGGUUUCCCUGUGCAGAUGAACCUGUUUGCGGCUGUGAAACCGGAGGGAGCUGUGGAAGCACUAGAGCCGCGUCAGCUGGGCUGAGUGUGGCUCCUGGGGAGUGUGCGGGGCAAGAAAAACCUCCAGUGCAUCUUUGCACCUUGGGAAUCGAUUUGACGUAAAACGGACAUUCCUAGGUCACACGUGUUUAAUGUUGCUGAAAAGUUCAACUCCCAGCCCAGCUAAGAGGGCAAAAGCUGCAGCACACGUCGGGAAUGCUGGAGAUGAGUGAGAAGAUGCUUCUGGUUGUGUGACAGCUGCAGACUGUGUAAUCCUGUGCCUCAGUUUCCCUGUCCGGGGAGUCUUUAGCCUACCUCACUGCGAGUUGAGGCUUAAGUGACGCUGGAGCCCCCGGGGGAGCUCGGCUCCUGCUGGUGCUCCGUGGCGCUCUGAACACCGACCUCCUGAGCGAGACCGCGAGCGCGUCCUGGACGUGGUUUCUGACGUGCUGGGCUGCUGCUCUGCCAAAUCACGACUUCUGGUGGCUGCUGCCACUCUGAACAUCCAAAAUGCCUGUUCUUCGAUUUCGGAUGCGGUUUUGGGGCGCUGGGGUGGUGUGGGGGAGAGAGGGGGGUGAGGGCUGGGGAGGGUGCUGGGGGGUGCUGUGGCAGCUGCAACGGGGGCGGUUCGGUCUUUAGAGCCCCCCCAGAGCAAGCGCUGCCCUUGGGGAUGGUGUUUCACAGCGCGUGUGGGCUGGGGAGGCUGGGUCGCCAGUUAUUUGGUAUAUUUCUCCCUUGUAAACUUCUAACUCCGCUUUCUUUUUUUUUCCAUUUAAAAUUCUUGCAGUUACGCUAAUAAAAUUUUUACCGUUAAUUCUCA